AUGUGGCUUUUCACAGCUGUUCUUCUUUGGGUUCCAGUUGGUGGGCAAGUGGAGAACUUCACAAAGGCAGUUAUCACCUUGCAGCCUCCGUGGGUCGAUGUGUUCCGAGAAGAAAACGUGGCCUUGUGCUGUGAGGGGCCGCUCCCGCCCGGGAACACCUCGGUGCAGUGGCUCCUCAACGGGAAGGUCCUUCAGACCUCAGCUCUCAGACACAGCAUCGCCGCAGCGAGCUUCAGCGACAGUGGUGAAUACACGUGCCAAACAGGGCUCUCGGCACGCAGCGACCCUGUACAACUGGAAAUCCACGGAGCUUGGCUGCUACUUCAGUCUUCUAGCAGAGUCCUCACUGAAGGAGAACCUUUGACCUUGAGGUGUCAUGGAUGGAAGAAUAAGCUGAUAUACAAUGUGGUUUUCUAUCAAAAUGGAAAACCAAUUAGGUUUACUUAUCAGAAUUCUGCACUCACUAUUCUGAAAACCAGCAUGAAUCACAGUGGCGUCUAUCACUGCUCAGGCAAGGGAAAACCACCUCACAUCUUCACAUCAACAGGAGUAGCUGUGACCGUGAAAGAGCUAUUUCCAGCUCCAGUGCUGAGAUCACCCUUGUCAUCCCCGCUCUGGAAAAAGCAGCUGGUCAAGCUGAGCUGUGAAACAAAGGUGCCCCCACAGAGGCUUGGCUUGCAGCUUUACUUCUCCUUCCACACGGGCAACAUGACUCUGAGGGGCAGGAACACAUCCUCAGAGUACCAGAUUAUAACUUUCAGAAAAGAAAAUUCUGGAUCAUACUGGUGUGAGGCGGCCACAGAAGAUGGAAAAGUCCUUAAGCGCAGCCCCAUGUUGGAGCUUCAACUGUACGGCCCCCCGUCAACACUUUCUGCUCGGCUUCACAUCCUUUUCUAUCUGCCAAUGGGUGCAAUAUUUUUGGUGGAUACUGUUCUCUGUGCGAGAAUAUAUAAAGAACUGCCAAAAAAGAAAAAGUGGAAUUUAGAAAUCUCUUCGGCUUCUGAACAUGGAGAGGAAGUAACUUCGGACGAUCCAAAAGACAUUUAG